UGUUCGUAGGUGAAAGUCCACUCGCCUGUAGCCGCGCUAUCAUCGGAUUCAAUCGUAUCAUACAUCGUCGUAGUAGUUGGGUUUUGAUUCAUCCAUUCCAUCGAGCUCUAGGCUGUCAAGAGCGCAACUCUGUUUUUUGUUUAGUGCGCCAUCGAAGUGUCACUUGAGAAUUGUCAAAAUUGAAUUUUCCGAGCGAUGGCAAAUGGUUCAAAGUGCACAAUGGUCUUCUGAAUAGCAGUGACAUCCGUGUGUGUGGGGUAUCUGGAUUCACUUGGAUAUCUGGAUAACUAUUGUGAAGUGUGUUGCAGAAAUAAGCUAUUCGGAUCCCCAUAUGUGGCAAAAGUGAAGCCGUCGGGGCACCACUCGUUGAACUAAUCCAUUCGAAUUGGGUGAUCUCAUUGAAAUUUAAGGCACUGCAUUCGUUAAAACCGUUCUGGCAAUUGGAAUCGCAUAAGUAAGGCUCGCUGUCUGGCCGCUCUGCUCGUAUUCCUGUUCUCUUUUUGGUGGUGUUUCCAAAACUGCAUGCAACAUGGGGUGUUUUUUUCCCUGUGGCGGGGACAGGUAUGGGAUAAUCAAUUCGAAGUAAAGCUAGAUUCAGAAAGGAACGCCACUGCCACUGCAGCAGGACCACAAGCAACGUGUUCUAAAAGACCAUCUUGCUAGGCUAUAAUGCUUGUCUGAAAACUUUUAGCAUUGAUUCAUCAUCGUUUUUGAUACAUAAAAUGCCCACGCCAAGGCACCUUCUUCCUCCAGCGAUAAGAGCUAACCAGAUGCUCAUUGUUCCCCAAUGAAGGAUAACAGACAGCGCCCAGCGCCCCACUUGCUCCCGGCUACUGUCCCUGUCCGGCAGCAGCCCCAGCCCAAGUAGUCGACCACCCACCUCCAUUGACUAAAUUGGGAGCACAAGGAACAAAUACAACAGGAAGAAGAAAGAAUAUGAAAAAGAAGAUGGCGCUGAAUCGCAAGCGAAAGGAGACAAUCGGAAUGAUAGCAUCAGGCCUCGAAUCAGUAGUCAAGUGGAAAAUUAUUAUAUCAUCCAUAAUGUUGCUCCUGUUGAGCGAAACAAGUCACGUGCUGGCGGUGCGAAAGGGUCGCCUGAUGUCCCCGAGCACAUUCACUGCACUCAGCGGGGACCUGCAUGUGCAGAUCCAGUUCAAUGGAAACGACACAGAGCCGCCUGUCACGCCCCCCCACUUGAGCACCGACGGACGAGGGCUCCAGCAGGAGCGGGAGCAGGAGCUGGAGAGGGACUCCUUGACGAGCAGGAAUACCAUAAUGAGCACUUUAGUCAUUAGCAAAAUCAUUGAUGAGGUCGUACCCUCGCCGGAAAAGGGCUUGGCGUCAGGCCACCAGGAACAGGACAGCAGCAGCAGUAGCAGAGCCAGCAGCAAUGGCACCCAGGCACUGCUCCAGCGGAAGCGCAAGGAGGUGGUCCAGAACAUACCCCUGUUUCCGGACCCACGCUUUAAUGUCACCCAGGUCACCGUUCCCUGUCAGACCUUCUUUCUGGGCGGCCUCUAUGAGAUGCAGGUUGUCAGCAACCUAAAGACGAUAUCGGAAGCACCCUCGAACCUGGGCCGACGGAACCGCAGCGAUGGAGAUGGUCUGCCCAGGCCCACACUGACGACUACCACCCUGGUGCCGGCACAGGACGAGAGGCUGCAGCAGACCCUCGAUGUACGGUGGCCCAGUGCCGAGAUGAUCGUCAGUCCCGUGCGCCUGCGGACCUACCCCAAGGCCCCUGUGGAGGUGACGCUGCGCUUUCCCGAAGUCGAUUGCGAUGAAGCCCUUGUCGCCGGGAAAGUGCCCGGACUGCCCGAGUUCUGGCUGGAGCUGAUCUACUGCGGAAAGGAGCGAAGCUGUGGCUUAAAUGUCUCCAGGUCCAGUGUCCUCUUCGCCGAGCAGGUGCGUGGUUUCCCCAAGAACAAGACCCUGCAGCUGGGCUGCCAGCUAUUCGGCCUGGCUGGGAACUAUGCCGUUCAACUGCGGCCCAUGGUAGCCGCCCAGAAUGUGCCCACCACCCGCCGGCAGCUCAGCGUGGACUGGAGCGAUGAGUUCGUUUUCAACGUGUAUGCCCGGAGCAUCUUCCCCUGCGAUCCACACACGGGCAUCGGGGUGCUUUACGAGUAUCCUGGCUGCAUCCUGGAGCAGGGCGAUCGGGUGCGCCUCUAUGCGAAGCUGCGCGCGGAUGUGGCUUCCCUGAAGCCGCCCACAUCGCUGCACUACGUGGCCGAGCAGCGGGUCGUAAAGAGCCAGCACUCGCUCUACUUCUCCUGCGAACUCUUCUCCGAGAAGUACGUUGAGUACUGCUUUGUGUACGUCAGCCAGGCCAUUUCUGGGGCCGUGGCGGAUGUGCGGAUGGACUGCGUCCCCACUCUGCCAGUCAGCGAUUCCGAUACUGGUGGAUGGGGCCCAUGGAGCGAGUGGACAUCUUGCUCCACCAACUGCUUGGGAGGGACUCGUAAUCGCUACCGAUUCUGUGAUUCCCCACCACCGCGCUAUGGAGCAAAGUUCUGCGAGGGUGCCUCCGUUGAGACGGAGAAGUGUGGCAAGAGCAUUGCCGAUACCUGGGACUGCAUCUACGAGACUUCCGGCACCACACUGAGCAAAUCAAACAGCUCGGAGGUCAGUCAGGAGAUCGGACCCGGCUGUCGCUGUGGCUGCAUUGUGCAUUUGGGCUCCUCGAAGCCCAAGCGAAUCAUAGCGGGAGCAACUCAGAGCUGCCCGGGACGCUCCUUCUGGCUAAUACAGGUGGACGGCGAGGAAACCAUAUCCCUUGUCCUGAGCUUCCUUCGCCUGCCCUGUGCCUCCCAGUAUAUCAAGGUGCGCGAUGGACCCUCGCUUUCAUCCACGUUGCUGGUGGAACUGAGCGGUGGCGGCCUAACUCUCAAGGGAGCCGUCGGCGAGGGCGGCCACGUCUACAACCACAUUCCUGUGGAUAUAGAGUCCAGCGGCGGGCAGCUGUUGGUGGAGUUCUCAACAGGAGAGUCGGCCAACGCAUCCAAUACAUUCCCCACAACCGAGGACGGAGCAGCCGCCGCCUGUACCGGCGGGUUUAUGGCCAAUGUCCAGCAGCAGCUACCCGGUGCCAGGGGAGCCAACAGCAGUACGACCCUUAUUGCGGCAACCCGAAUCUCCGGAAAGAGCCGCGCCAUCCACCAGAAACCAUCCAUGUCACGUCUUCGGUUUACCUUGGUCCACCUGAGUGCCAUGAUCUUUGCCAGCAUUAUCAUUCUGAUAAGCGCCCUCCUCGGGGCGCAGUACGUGGUGCGGUAUCGGAAAUAUCAUCUGGCGGUGGCACUGCGACAGGACGAAGGAUCGCGCCUGCACACGCCUCGGGCCUCGCUCAGCUCGCUGCACGGACCGCCGUCACGAGCCACAUCGACUACGACACUACUUUCCGAGGUCAUCUACCUGGUGAAGAUGCGACCCAAGCACCAUCUACGCCACUCCAUACUCCGGGAGAGCGUGGACGCCGAGAACUUAAACCUCGAGACGGAGUUCAAGGAUUCCGACGCAAAUGGUUUGCUGGUGAAGGGAGAUCCCAUACCAGAGCUUGGUAGCUCGGCCUCAAUGCUGACGUUGCGAAAUGAGCGCUCCUCGCCAGCGCGAUCGCUAGAAGGAGGCAUUGUCGUCGGCUCGCCGUCGUCCGGCGAAUGCGCGAUGUCCUCCAAAGUAGAGGACGGCGAAAGCUCACCGGAGGCCCAUAUGCUGCCGGCUAGCUGCAAGGACAGCGCCAAGGACUCGGAGUCCAUUAUAUCGUCCGGUAUGAGCUCCCUGUGCAACAGUCCGCCGAUGAACAGCAAGCGGAUGAGUAAGUACUCUGAUCGCUACGAUGCGGUCACCCUGAAGCUGCUCUCCUCCCGUCUGGACGAGAGCCUACAGGAUGCCAGCUCACUGCACUCCGUGUCCGAGUCGUUGCGAAUGGGUCGCCUGGGCUCUCGAAGUGUCAGCUCCUCCCUGACGAAUGGCUGCUACUCUCCCGCGGCCAGCGUGGUUAGCACUGCCACCAUCCGGACUACCAGCAAUCCCAAGGAGUCCAAGGAAAAGCAGAACCGGAGGAAACUGCUUGCCAGGCCCGGGUCCGAGUUCUCGUUGGGGAAUCAAGAGGAGCUCGAGCUGGACUACUACGACUACAACGUGAUCAAUGCUGGCGCAGCACCAGGCUCGUAUCUGGGAAUGGAUCCGGCCUACUUGGUGUGGAUACCGCCCUUCGAGGAGGUGGCCGAGCGUGACGACGAAGACAAGACGCCAGAGCCACAGCGGGAGGAGGUGGAGCCACUGUAUGAAGAGAUCCAAAUGCCGAAGUACGGCCACUAUCUGAGUCCGGCCAGCAACACGGAGUCCAGCAGAUCCCACACGACGGACAACACACCCAGCUCGGAGGACCGGUCGCCGCCGAACAGUGAGCGCCCCUCCAAGGCCACUUCCCCCGGCGAGACGCCGGUCCAGAAGAGUGGAAAACAGCCCACGCCGUACAUGUCCCGAAAGCAGCGACGCCACUCCAAGCAACGAUUCCUUUCUACGUGUUCCCUGGGCACCGGAGGGGCGCCAGAGCACGAGAUCCGCACCGUCAGGACUCACCCGAGUGAGAUUGCCGCAGUGCAUCAGAAAGUGGAAGCGGACUCGGAUCCUAAUGAGUCGAUGACUGGAUCGUAUGUAGAGAAGGAGACUGCCGUCGAGAAGUCGACGAACGAUCUGCAGGAGUUCCUUGCACUGGACGACAUCCAGUUCGCCGACGAGAGUGGCAGCGAUUAUGAGACGGUCACGCUGAAGCAAAUGACAGCCACAACGGAGUCCAAAAUGGGACUCGACGAUCAUCAAACGAAGCUACGGGCCAAUUCAAGGGAGGUGUCCGUGUAACACGAGAGGCGAAAGUAUUAUGUAUAUAGUAAAGGCACAAUUAAUGGAGAUUAGGUUUAGCAAUAGCAUUCUUAAGAUUCUGUAAAGUGGUACAUAUACAUAUGACAGCAGCAUAAGGAGCGUAGACCACCUUGGUGUGUAGUAAGUGUUUUUUCAGUAUGAUUUUGAUAUAUCUAUAGUCUCACAGCAGUUUAGUAUGUGGUUUUUUUUUAGUAGGAUUAUAAUAUAUCUCUAGUCUCACGUUGUAAAUGUAAUGUAAUGAUAUUGUAGAUAGGUUUAAGUUAAAUUUAGUAUCUAUUCGCACACAGAUAUGUAUACAACCCAAUUAUUCGAGAGAAAUAUGUUUUAUUAUCUAUCUUUGAUUUAGAGAAGUAAUGGAGGAGUUAUGGCCUACCCUUUGUGAUCCUUAUUUACUGCUUUCAAUGCAUAAACAAACAUUCUAGUCAAAAUUAUACUGUAUGUAGUGGAAAUUAUUUUUGGAAUUUAAAAAACAAUCAAAAGAUGUUUCGUUUUUGAGAUUUUGUGAAACCACAGAGCUCCGACCUCUAAGCUAUGAUACAAAUACACGACUUGUACGAUACAUGAA